AUGGAUUUAAUAGCAUUGGAAGAGAAAGUCCGUCGGCUGGAAACGCUUGAAGUCAAUGAGAUGCGGCUGCUUUUGAAUACGGUGAUGGCCCUCUUUCUUUACGAAAGUAAUGUUCCGAAUGUGCCGCUUCCUGUCACUAUUUGCGGCGACAUCCAUGGACAGUUUCCAGAUCUUUUACAUCUUCUAGCACUUGCAGGGGAAAUUAGCACGACAAGCAUGCACUAUAUUUUUUUGGGUGAUCUCGUUGACCGUGGGUUCAACAGCGUGGAGGUGGUCACCUUCCUCUUCUUGAUGAAGGUGAAGUACCCUGAUAAGAUCACCCUUAUCCGCGGUAACCACGAGACGCGUCAGGUGUCAACAGCCUAUGGAUUUUACGAUGAGUGCAACAGGAAGUUCAAAACGGCGGAAGUGUGGCGACAUUGCACGGAUGUCUUUGAUUGCUUGCCUGUUGGGGCACUAGUUGAAGGGAGAGCUCUCUGCAUUCACGGCGGUCUCUCGCCGGAUGUAAACACGAUUGACAACAUCCAUCUGCUGCAGCGAAAGCAAGAGAUCCCAACCGAGGGAGCCUUUGCAGACCUUGUCUGGUCGGACCCUGGAAGCAUAGAAGGCUGGGGCAUUUCACAGCGCGGCGCGGGCCAUUUAUUUGGAGCGAAUGUCACCCGGGAAUUUUUAUAUCGUAACGGACUCAACCUUUUAGCGCGGGCACACCAACUUGUCCAGAAGGGAUUUAAAUAUCAUUUUGAUGAGGAGUUUGUUUGCACCGUGUGGUCCGCGCCAAACUAUUGCUACCGGUGCAACAAUUUUGCGAGUGUCCUACGCGUGUAUGAGGAUGAAUCGCGUGAGUUUGUUGUCUUUGAAAAAGUAGAUCAGCAGUACGUGGAAGAUUUCCCGGAAAAGUUGCAGCUUUCCUAUUUCUUAUAG